AUGGCCGCCACGCAGACCGGUUCGCGCAAACGAAAGCCUCCACGGCGGAGACUUCAAUCAAACGCGACACGAGGUGGUCGGACGAAAAAAGUAAAGAAGAACAAGAAACCUGCGAGGUCCCCUCUCCAUGGGCUACAGGAUUCCGCCAAAGAGGACAUCUACCGCUCUCGUUUGCCCGAGCUGAACGAUCCGUAUGAAGAGCCGUGCAUGGUAGCUGACCCGAUGCCGGAAGGCUAUAUCUUUGUUGCCCGAGGCGACCCCUACGUGACAAGAAAUUGCAAGAUCCACAGCAAGGCCACGACCGAUAUGGUGUUUAUUGUUUAUGACAGAAAGGCCAAGGACAAGCUAGGGAUCCGAGUCAAAAAAGAAACGUACGAACAUGUCACCGAACUCGCGUCUCAAACUGCCGACAAACGCGCCGCCGCAGUACUUGCCCAAGAUACCCGAGACGAAAAGAAAGCACAGAAGAUUCUCAAACAGACAUUCCCCGAUAUCCCACCGAAAUGCGCCAAGACAAUUCUACAGCACGCAUUUCUCAAAGGUUCUGGGAGAGUUGGGAGGUCUACCAAACAGCCUGAUACAAUGAAGGCUAGACUAGCUGUGGAGGCACAUAUCAGGCACCAGCACACCUCGUACGACAGCCUUCUUGGCGAUGGCACUGGCCGUGACGAUGCGCGCGCUGCUGUGCGAAAAACCGUCCAUGCUCUGCGAGAUCAAUGGGCUGGAAAGUCAAAGUCAGCAACUGUGUCAAAAUCGGCGUCUGAGUCAAUAUCUGCGACUGAGUCAAUAUCUGCGACUGAGUCAAUAUCUGCGACUGAGUCAAUAUCUGAGACCGAGGAGUCUUCCGAGGAAGAAAGUCCGCGCAGAAUGACUCGUCUACGUCUACGGCCUAGACUGGCCUCUCCAGAGCCGCCAACAAUGGAAAAAGAAGACAUUGUCGAGUCGCCGCGCAAGCGCCUCAAGACCGAAGACGCCGCCACAUCACAAGCCAACGAGCUGGUUUCGGUUCCUGCGCUGACCCCCAAUAGCAAUAAUGGUAGCGGCGGUUAUGCUACGGCGAAAAACACCAAGGAGGCAGACGUCGGCAUCACCGAGUUUGUCAGUGCCGAGACGCCUGGUUUUGAGGGUAUCUUGAAAAAGCGGUACACCGAUUUCUUGGUUAAUGAAAUUCUUCCGUCUGGCGAAGUGCUUCAUCUACGGAACACCGAAGUUCCUCUAAAAAUUUCGUCGCAAUUGAAUAAAACUGUUGAGAAGGAAGAGCAAAAACCGACCGAGGAGGACAAGAAUCAGGAUGAGCCUGCUACAGAGGAAGCUGCGCCAGAGGCCUUCCAGCUUGCCGACAACGAUCUGGAGCUUCUCAAGUCGUUGUUCGGGGACGAUGUUUCUCAGCAAAUCAUUGAUUUCCACGCCCGAGUCCGUGGCGCACCGAAAGCCGCGCCUGGGAAAUUCGGCCAAGUCAAUGCUGGGGUUGUGGAUGGGAAGGACACUCGCACCAAAAUGCACAUGACUCUUCGUCGCGUCUUCAACUCUCUCCUGUCGUCAGUCACAGAUAAAGACAACAACAUGAUCAUCUCGGCCACGCCAAACAGACACAAGAAAGCUCCCAAGGGAUUCCGAGGCGAGACCGGAAACCGCAAUGAACGGACAAAGUGGGACGAUCUGGGUGGGCCGUAUCUCCAUUUCACCAUUUACAAAGAGAACAAGGACACCAUGGAAAUAAUCGGUUUCCUAGCGCGUAUGCUGAGGAUGAAUUCCAAGUCCUUUCAAUUUGCCGGGACAAAGGAUCGUCGGGGCGUGACGGUACAAAGAGCAUGUGUUUUUAAGGUUUUGGCAGAACGCCUCUCCAGUCUCAACAAGACUCUUCGAAAUGCCGUGCUGGUCGACUUUGAAUAUAGCAAGCACGGACUGGAGCUUGGUGAACUCAACGGCAACGAAUUCGUCAUCACCCUCCGAGAAUGCGAGUUUCCAGACUCCCAAGACUCUCAAUCAUCCCUAGACCGAGCCAAGGGGCUGGUCGAGACGGCCAUGCACAAUCUGCGUGAUCGUGGCUACCUCAAUUACUACGGGUUGCAACGAUUCGGCACUUUCUCCAAGGGAACACACGAAACCGGAAUUAAAUUGCUACAGAGCGAUUUCAAAGGCGCCGUCGACACUAUACUGGACUAUAGCCCUCGGGUGCUGGCAGCAGCCCAGGGCUCCGAGGCCGAAAGUGCAGGCUCGUUCAUCAGCUCCGAUGACAUGGCCCGCGCUGAAGCCAUUUACAUCUUCAACACAACGCGAAACGUCAACAACGCGCUCGACAAAUUACCAAGAAAGUUCACUGCCGAGACAAGCAUCAUCCGUCACCUGGGGCGCUCCGGAAACGACUACCUCGGUGCUCUACAGGCCGUACCGAGAAAUCUGCGCUUGAUGUACGUGCACGCCUACCAGUCGCUAGUCUGGAACCAUGCUGCGGGCGAACGCUGGCGCGUCUAUGGCGACAAAGUCGUAGAAGGAGACUUGAUCAUCAUCAACAAGCAAGAAGAACAAGCCACCGAUGAACAAACCGUCGAUGCAGACGGCGAAGUCAUCAUCGCUCCCCAAGCCGAAGACAGCGCCACCACCGCAGACGACGCCUUCACUCGCGCUCGCCCACUGUCAGCCGACGAAGCCGCAAGUGGGAAAUACACCAUCUUUGACAUUGUUCUCCCCACACCGGGUUUCGAUAUUUGUUACCCCGCAAACCAAAUGACCGAGUUUUACAAAAAGUUCAUGGCGAGCGAGCAAGGCGGCGGUUUGGAUCCGUUUGACAUGCGUCGCAAAAGGAGAGAUAUCGGGCUGAGUGGCAGUUAUCGGACAUUGCUUAGCAGACCGGGCGCGGAUUAUUCGUAUCAAGUCAAGGCUUAUUCGCAGGAUGAUCAGCAGUUGGUCGAGACUGAUUUGGAAUCUCUCAAACAGGAAAAGACUAGCAGUAACGAUGAGGAAGUGCAGCAGCCGGAAUCAGCAGUCGAGGGAGACAAGAUAGCAGCCGUGUUGAAAUUCCAGCUGGGGGCAGGACAAUACGCAACGAUGGCGCUGCGAGAGCUGAUGAAAUUGGGCGGUGUCAGGGAAUACAAGCCGGAAUUUAUGGGCAGGUAG